AUGUUUCAAUGUAUCGUUGAAAGGAGACCGUCAAUGGGCAAGCGAUAUCAAUGGUGCAGUGAACCGCUGAAAAGAAAUGGGACAAAACUGGCCAAAGUGAUAAUUCCAGGAACAAUUUGGUACACAUUCGAGAUAGUAGUCGAGGCGUACAACUUUACCCUGGACGCUUUCGGCAAACAAGGCGGUGCUGCUAUCAUCGAUGACAUCUCCUACAAUACAAGUGCGGUGUACCAGUGCCGCAUGAUUCCACAUUAUGAGCCGCCAGUGAAGCUCUCACCCAAAACGUGCUCAGCCCUACAAUGCGACUUUGAGGGCGGUUCCUGCCUUCAAACUCUUGAUUCCAGUGAUUGGAGGAUCGGUGAAGAGCCAGUAGGAUCGCGAUCCAGUGGCAUUCGCACACAGUUGGAUGGUCCGUUCGCGUAUGCCAUUGGUCCGGGCACUGCAUCGCUUUCAUUAGGACCGUUUGAGAUGUCACGAAGUUUUGCCAUCGAAUUUUGCUACUACAUUGCAAGUUACCGCAGUAAACUCGUCGUCUAUCUCAGUAGGACACAGGAAAGUGAUCGAGAACGGCUGUAUACAAGCAACGACGUCUCUGGCAACAUGCACCAUUGGAGAUGCGAUAAAAUCCCUCUGAAUAAUGGGACAUACGAUGCG